CUUACUCUGCAACUUUAUUUUUUCUUUAAAUUUCAUUUUCGUUUUCUUCUCUCUAAUGUUGCAUCUGGUUGUCAACCAACAGAGGCGGCAAUGAGGUACUGGGGAACCAUCCUCUGUAAUUGUUUGGUUGACGCCAUAGUUGAUAAUAAACCCCUGUAAUUGAUUUUGGAGUCGGUAAUUAGGAGUAGCGAACGUGUUGGCAGUAAUUAAAAGAGGAAAAUCAAUAGUUUCCAUGCUUAUUUAUUUUUCUUUUUUUUCUUCACUUGAUUUUACUAUUAAAAGGGCCAUUGAUCUCAUCGUAUUUUAUCCUGUUUUCUUUUUCUUGAACGAGUUGCAGAUCCUAUUACAUUUCUUGCUUAAUUGUUUCCUAGCAGUAGUUAUAAUAUCUGUGGUGUUUAGAAAUUUAUUCGACUGUGAGAUUUGCUUCGUUCACUCAGUUGAUGAUCAGAAUCAUAUUUCUUUAGUUGUUUCAGCCUGUUGAAUGGAUGCGUUUGUACUUAUCCGAUUGAUUUAACUUCACUGGACUGGGAUUAGAGAUUUCCAAAGACUACGUCUCAAUGUUUAGGGAAUUGAUCCUCAUAGCUAAAUAAGAAAUGAGAAAAAGGACAAAAAAAUAAUAAAAAAAUACAAUAAUUAACAGUGUGAAUUACAAUCUCAUUGCAUGAAAAACAAGUGGCAAUACCUUCUCAUUGCAUGAAAAACAAUUGUCAAUACUUUUUCCCUCCUUUGCUCUGUUCUAGCGGUCUGGGCGGUGCAGUAUGGUGGAACUGAGUCCUUCAUCAACACUCUCAAAAGAUUGAGGGCUUUCUUCGUUGCCUUUUUUGAUUGAGCUUUCAUGAACUGCUGGCUUUUCCACUCCCAAGUGACUCCAUUCCAUUAUUUUCACUCACGCAUGGGAGGGAUAGAAGAACACUGGAAGAGCCCCUUGUUGUGAUAAGCAAGGACUGGGAAAGGGACAUGCUGGAUGAACGAAUGGCUAUUGGAAUCGAGAUGCGCAGGCCCCCUCGCCGUUGUUCCUCGAGUCGGUGAGAAGGUCUUCUACCUCCCAGACACAUCGAGCAGGUUAAGGCCUUCUCAAAGCUUGAUAAUGAUCUGAAAAUGCCCAUCUACGAUAUACCUUCCAACAUUCUGUGCACAGUUGUAAAUGUUGAGUUAAAGGUCUGUCUCACUGUCAGUCUGUCUGUGUAUCUUUCUCUCUCUGCUCCCCACCUUUAGUUCGGGUGGGAGGUGGUCGAUAUUUCGUUUUCUAAUAACGUUCUUGGCUGGUUUUUUCUUGGUUUGCAAGCGGAAAAGGAAACAGAUGAGGUGUUCGCUCAAAUAACACUUCUUCCAGAAACGAAGGUUGCCUACUGACUUGCUGAAAUUGGAGAAUAGUUUAUAUACCCACUUGUUUGAUUGCAGUUGAUCUACUUUUCUAGGUCUUAGAUACGGCUAACGUUUGGAUUUUUGCAUCAGAAUGACAAUAACCUGCGGCAUSGACUGCUUGAAUCUCUCCCUCGGAGUCCUCAGAGGCCUAAAGUUUUUCCAGUAUUAUAUCUUUCCCAUGUCAUAGUUGAACCAAGCAGAUAUGGGAAAGAUAUUUUCUUUUCUCUUGUUUUCUGAAUAAACCAAGCAGAGCCUAAGGAUGUGAAUCAGGAUGCUCUGGUUCAGUGGUUAAGGCCACCACCAUCUCUUUUGAGAAGAGAGAGAAGGAAGUUCAAGAUACAACUGAACUGCUUUGUCAUCACCAAUCACACAGCUUUAAAUUUUAAUCCUUUAUCUUUCCCCUGCUAGGCCAAUUCCCACAUCCUAACUUUCUUGGUUAUGGGUUAUUCUGACACUGAUGUUGCGGAAUAUCUUUUUAAAGCAAAGCCUUCGAUUGAUGCAUUGGUAAAGUUUCUCUGCAAUGACCUUACAAAAGCAUGUGCAGUUGAGCCACCUCCGGUUCCUAAGUCCUCGAGACAACUGAGACUGAACCUUAAGGCUGUAUCUCAAGCAUCUGCACCUAUUAACUGAUCUAACAAGGGUUCUCAGAGAGAUCUUUGAAGGAGUCCUAGAUGGCAGUGAUUAAACAAAUUUAAAUCCUUGUUCCAAAUGAAAACCUUUAAGGGCUAAGUUGAACAUAUAUGGACAGAAAUUCUCUUAAUAAAUUUAAAUCCUUAUUCCAAAUGAAAACCUUUAAGGGAGAUGGAAGGCAUCUUGUUGGAAGAUGAAACAGGGGCUUUUCUUGGGAAACACUGGGGGUUUUGGUUUUAUACUAUUGAUCAACGCCAAGGUCUACGCCUUCCUGGAGGACUCUGGCGCAGAUUCCAUGUUGGAUCCCUGAAAUGGCUUGCUAGAUUGCCUCCAUAUCAGUUGAAUAAGAUUCAACGCAAGGUUCGACAUGGUCCUGGCUUUUAUGAUUGUAGUUUAAUAAUGGAUACUGGUGAAGAUGGUGGCAGAACUACUGCUGUUGUUCAUUUAUCUGAGGAUGAUCAAAGCUUGGCUGUUGGGCAGUUUGCAGCCUUUUUACCAAGGAAAAACUUGCAUAGAGGCUCUGGCACAAUCUUGGCGUGCUGGUAUGGCCAAGGCUUCCCUGUCUGUGCAAAGGCUCUUGAAAUUGCAAGAAUGGAAGAUAAAUCCAAGCUUGGGAAACCAGUUAAGAUUAAGGUCAAUCCAGAAAAUUCUUUAAAGAGUUUUAAAAUUACAGAUAAAGUGGAACUUAAUGGAAAAUUUUUGAAUUCAGAAGAUACUACCCUUGUAAAAGUAAACAAUCAUCUCAAGGAAUUUUCAAUGUAAACUGGUUUCAAAAGCUUAGAGAGAA